ACCACACUCACAACUACUCACCAUGGCCGACGCAGCUCCAGCAGCUCCCGCCGCGGGCGACGCCCCUCAGCAGCCUGAGCAAGCCGAGGGCCCAUCCAAGAACGCGCUCAAGAAGGCACAGAAGGAGAAGGAAAAGGCAGCGAAGAAGGAGGCAGCUAGAGUUCGUGAACUCGCCGAACGCGCCAAAAAGGACGCCGCCGACGCCGCCGAUGUGUCUGCUGGAGCCUAUGGCGAGCUGCCUCUCUGCGGAUCCGUCGACUUCAAGCCCACGGGCACGCCCCGCGCAGACCUCGCCGAUGCUGCCUCGAACGAGGACAAGGAGAUUACAUUCAGAUGCUGGGUCGAGAACGCGCGUGUCCAGUCGGCAAAGCUCGCCUUCCUGAACCUGCGCCAGGACCUCAACACGGUGCAGGCUGUUGUUGCUGCCAGCGAGAAGCUGAGCAAGCAGAUGGUCAAGUUCUGUGGUGGUAUCAGCACCGAGAGCACCCUUGUCGUUACUGGACUGGUCAAGCGCGUGCAGGAGCCCAUCAAGAGCGCCUCGAUCAAGGACUUUGAGAUCCACGUGCAGAAGUUGUUCAUCGAGGCCAAGGCCGAGGUGCCGCUGCCACUGCAGGUCGAGGAUGCCGAGAGGCCUCUCCCUACCGACACAGCAGUGGACGAGGAACAGAAGCAAGAGGAAGGCGGGGAGCGGCCCCUGGUCAGCCUCAACACGCGGCUGAACAACAGGACGCUCGACCUGAGGGCCAAGAUCAAUCAGUCCAUCUUCGUGAUCAAGAGCGGUGUCUGCGCGCUGUUCCAAGAAUUCCUGUCCAACAAGGGUUUCAUCCUAGUCCACACGCCCAAGAUCCUAGGCGCUGCGUCCGAGGGCGGAGCCAACGUCUUCGAGCUCAAGUACUUUGGCCGCCCUGCCUACCUAGCCCAAUCACCGCAAUUCUACAAGCAGAUGCUGAUCGCCUCGCGGUUCCAGAAAGUCAUGGAGAUUGGACCCGUCUUCCGCGCCGAGAACUCCAACACGGCCCGCCACUUGACAGAGUUCACGGGGCUGGAUCUGGAGAUGGAGUUUCAGGAGAACUACCACGAGGUCAUGGGCGUGCUGGAGGAUCUCAUGCUGUUCAUCUUCGGAGAGCUCAACUCGCGCUACAAGAAGGAAACCGACUUGGUCAGGGGCGUGUAUCACAUUGACGACUUCAAGCUCCCGGAGUCGGGCAAGGUGCCGAGAAUCCCGUUCCGAGAGGGUAUCAAAAUGCUGCGAGAAGCCGGGGAGGAGCUAGGCGACUACGACGACUUGACAACACCACAGGAAAAGCAUCUCGGCCGCCUGGUGCUAGAAAAAUACAACUCGGAUUUCUACACGCUGGACCAGUUCCCCCUCGCCAUCCGCCCCGCCUACACCAUGCCCUCGCCCGCCGACCCCCUCCUCUCAAACUCCUACGACAUGUUCAUGCGCGGCCAGGAAAUCUGCUCCGGCGCACAGCGCAUCCACGACUCCGCCCUGCUGGCCAAGCAGAUGCGCGAACACGACCCGCCGAUCGACCCCGCCGGCGCGGGCACAAAGGACUACGUCGAGUGCUUCAAGUUUGGGUGCCCGCCGCAUGCUGGAGGUGGGUUUGGGCUCGAGCGUAUCGUGCAGUUUUGGCUGGGCUUGCCGAAUAUUCGUAUGUGUAGUUUGUUUCCUAGGGAUCCGCAGAGGGUUGUGCCGUGAGGAGGGUGGGAGAGGUUUUUCGCGUGGUAGUGUGGGGUUUAGAUUUGUACCAAAAAAAGGGGGG